CAACAAACAGCGGGCGUGAUUAUCAUGGAGACGAUCCCGCAUGUCCCUCACAUGCCUUUUCCUCUUCUCUAAUCCCUCCGUACUGUACGGCAUCGCUCUCUCGAUCCAUAUCGUGCAACAACGGGACGCGUCUCUUGCCUAGAAACACUUCCACCUGGCUGUGUUUUGAAUCGCUGGCGUCGACCUUCGCCCUGGCGCUGCACAUUCGCUAACUCCGUCGCCCACGAUCGAUCUGACCUGCAUUGUCGCGGCGUACCGGACCUCGAAUAGAUUCGGGAAAGGCAGAACGAUUCAUAAGACGGCCGAUUUUACAAUCUCCCUCUUCAUUCUACAAUUAGAAUCGCGUCGUUCGAUUUUCGUCCUCAUCACCUCCGCGUUGACUUGGGAGAGAUCGCGUUUUCUCCCUGUCCGAUCUCCUUGACCAGGCAGGCCCACCCCUCCCUAGUCUUCCGGAAAUUUUACCAACCCUACGAGAUCUUGCGUGCAUCCAGACACCGGCGUGGGAACUCACAGCGUCAACCUGUUGUCGGCCGCAUAUAUAAUACAUUCCUUGUUCUUUGGACUAUCUGGAGUAUGGAAAUUGGUUCAUGAUUUCAAACUGUGACCCGACAAACACCACCAUUACCGGCGCAUCAAGCAUCAGACAUAUCUGGAUAGAAUUAUCUUAAUAUAUUAUAUAUCGUUGGAGUGAAUCUAUAACUCACUACACUCACGCAGCGAUUCAACGCACGAAGGGAGGGAACAAGAUCUGUAUUCCCACAUUUCAAAAUUGGCAAACAUGGCGGAAACUUAUCACGUGGGCGAAAAAGUCCCUUUCCGACUAUCCUCGGGAAUCAUCAUCGCUUCAUUUUUUGUCUCACUUGUUGGUUCUGUGACGACCGUCGAGUUGCUGCACAGAAGGAGAGAGGGAAAAGGCUGGUUGUUAUGGCUCCAGCAUCUUGCAAUUUCGGUGUCCUUUGGUCUAGUUGCCAUCUGGUGCAUGCACUUCGUCGGAAACCGCGCCAUUACGAUGGGUAACGGUGACCCGUCGAUCCAGCUAUAUUACAAUCCUGGAUUCACAGCACUGUCGGUCUUCUUGCCCAUUGUGUUCUUGUUUUUUGGCUUCACGACGGUUGAAUUUCGUCAGCCUGGGCAGAGGUUCUUUUGGCCCUCGUUGGUUCUCGCAGGUGUCAUUGCUGGCUUGGCGAUCACUGGCAUGCACUACGUCGGCAACUUCGGCAUCAGCAACUACAAACUCACGAAUCCUGCUGGCUAUGUUGUCGGCUCGGCUGCUAUAGCUUGUACAGCCUCCGUCGUUGCGCUUAGCUUGUUCUUCUACUUCAAGGAACGAUGGAUCAACUCGUGGAUCAGACGUCUGGCUUAUGCUUGCUUGCUAGCCGGUGCUGUCUCAGGCAUGCAUUGGACUGCGACAGUUGGCACAAGUUACACCUUGUCGGAUGCAAGAGGCCAAGGCAGUACGGUGUCUCGUGAUACCAACUUGAUAGUUGCAAUAGUGGUGUCUUUGCUUGCUUGCGUAGUCUGCUUAGGCUUUGCUGUGCUUAAUCAGCGUCGCAAGAGGCAACUGGCCGAUCGCGCGCAACAUGUCGUGCUCGCGUCAGCGACGUUCGACCCCGACGGAAAGAUUCUGGUCACGAACGAGGGUCUCAUGCCUUGCCAGAAAGUUACCAGGCAAUUCAACCAGCGAUCCUUUGCCGACGAGUUCAAUACUGCACACCCUGUGUUCCAAUGGCUCUUCCGUGUUACGUUUAACUGGUCAGGUGUUGUCGAUCUGAUCCCUGCCAUGCGCAACCACUUGCGUGCCGUCAUGACAUCCAAGGAUCCAACACGACCCAUCACACCGGGAACUGAAACUGCCUGGACUCAUGACGAUGAUGAGACACCCGAGGAAUACUCCAUCAUCUUCCGCGAACAUUUCUGUGUUGCAGCUAAUGAUCUGGCCGACAGCUUGGGCGUACCAUUGUCAGACCUUGGUGUCCUUUACAAUGGCAUCAUGAUGACCGGAAGUUUGGCCACGGACUUCCAGCCCAAGAAGACCUUCAAGCUGCCAUCUCGUUCGAGUGAGAAGCAAACGUCCGAUAUUGAGUCUGGAAUCAUUUCCACCAUGUUUGGUCGCGGCCAACUGCUCUUCCUUGUCAGGACUGUUGACAAGGCUCAAGUCGCUCGUCUCAUGACUGCUGGUUAUCGUUUCGCACAGCCUAAUCACGUUGGCGAUAUCAUCGCGCGCAGCAUGCAGGUCCCACAGAAUGAAAUGCUUAACACGAUCGACCGACUUCAGAAAUAUGCUCAUCAGUGUGCCGAAGCUCCGCUCGAGAGUGCUGCUAGCAGUUAUCUCGCAUGCUUCGCCAUGAGAGCUGCGAUGAAUAAGGCAAAUGGCAACUGGGAAGUCUUAGUACCUAUCGAUUCGCCAUUCCUGUUGCCGCAAGUAGAGCUCACCGCAGAUCCGUUGAAGCCAUGGCAGCAGAAGAUCCUCACACGCUUAGACGGUCUUUCCGUCAAUCAAUGCCUGAGCUGGCUGAACAACAAGGCCGCUGAAUCCCCACUGCCGGGAGACAAAGAGUUCCUCGAGCUUCUGUUGGACCAAGUCACAGCCUUGACAAUUUCAGUCCCAGAAGGCUUUUUCGGCCAAGCCAUCUUUUCGUCGAAACCUAUUCGUGUUGAUGGCCUCUCGCACCCUGGAAACGGCUCUGUGUACAUAUAUGCUUUCUGCAUCAUCCCGGAUGUGCACUCAGCCUCGAUCAAGUCGACAAAUAAGUUGACUUACGUUCCCUUGAGUUUUUUCCGCUGCUUCCAGCGAGUCUACAAGGGGUCUCCUGAUCAUGCUAUUCUUGCCCGAAAGAUUCACAGAGAAUUCGGCGCCAUCUUGGCUUCAAAGGGCCAAGCCUCGUCGAUGUCGACCUCAUCAAAUCGCGACUCGAUCGCCGAUUCGAUCGCAAAUAGCGGCGUGAAGUCGAAGUCCAAAUUUGGCAGCAAGUGGCCAUUCAGCAGAGGUGAUACUCCUCGUCGUGGAUCUAUCUUCAGGCCAGACUCGGCUUCAGACUCGCAUCUUACCAGCCCCAAGGACAUGGCGCCUCAACCUUUCGGUGGUAUCAUGGUCAGCAGCGACACGACCGUUGAGAUCAACAUUAAGGCAGACUCGAACGUGGAGCUGCAGGACAUGGGUAUCAGGACGGAGGCCGGUGUCGGUGCCAACGAACAACCCACAUAUGUCGAUGAGUUGUUCAAAAUAACCAGCACGAAAUGGAGACAAAACUAGAAUUAGCGCUCGAGUCGGGAGUCUUUCAUAACCUGCUCUUGUAUCUCAUGUUUGGAUGGAUUAUGGGAUUGGAUGGGUGGAGCUCGCGGCGUUUCACGUGCUCCGGAUAUGGUCUCACUUGGGCAUGAUCGAAGAAGAGUACUGCUAAGCACUCAUUCCUGGUGCUUGCACGCUACCAUCACACCUUUUCUGCUGUUGAUGCUUUCUGUACCGCUGUUAGUUUUAUUAUUUUGCUUGGAUACCCAUUUAUUGUCGCUCACGAGGUAAAUGUUUACUAUGGAACUGAUAUCACCUGCCACGGUGUGCGACCCGACGUUCUAGCUUGUCAUUGUGUAUCAAUCAUGAGAGUGAUAAACAUUAUCACGAAUGAUAGGUAUAGGAUAGCCGUUUGUACAAAUCUCCAGCUCCACGUUCAAC